CCCGUCUGUUUCAUAUUUAUAUAAAAAUGAAAAUAAAAAUAUAACUGUUACAUCCUUGCACAAGAUAGAAAUUCAAAUAUUUUUUCAAUUUUUUUUUUUUUGAAAUUUAAUCUGCUUUUUUCCCGAUUGUAAUUAAGUACGUUUAAUAAUGACAUAUUAAUCUAUAUAUUUUUUUCCCAAAUUAAAAUUUGCGCCAGGCUGAAUCAAACCUCAGCUCUGUUAUCUGAUCUCUUCUCUUCGGUUAAAUCAAAAUUGAGAUGCCACAAACCCUCGACUCCUGACUCUCGCUUGGAGUUUCAGAUCGAGCUCAAAUUAUUUCUCACUCAAGAAUUUCAAUGGGAUACCACUCAAACAAAACUAAAAAAUUCAGAAAGAAAAAACUCUCAUCGGAAUCCUCAACCUCCAUUGACCAUUCCUCUGCCACAUUGUCAUCACCGUCCUCCUCUGAUGAAUUUGAGUCCUCAAAACGGCACAAACGAACCCAUAAACGACGACAUGGUAAACGGGAAGAGGGUCGUAAAAGCAAGAAAUCGCGAAGAGAUUAUAAAGAGGAGAAGAAGAAGCAUACUAAAGAAACAAGAAAGGAGAAAAGAAGAGAGAAAAAUAAAAGAAGGUAUGGAUCAGACGACCAAGGUGGGUCCGGAUCGGAGGAGUCGGAACCUGAGAGACGAUGGGAGACUCCAGAGGUUGUGGCUAAAUAUAUAUUAAAGGAGUUUCCGGGUGUUUCUGGGGACUUGGAACAGCUUUUGCAAAUGAUUGACGACGGACAAGCUGUUGAUAUAAGCGGAUUAUCCGAAAAGUCGUUGGUCAAGCAUCUCAGAAAGCUGUUCAUGUCCUUGAAUCUUAAAGAAAGUGGCAAUCUCGUUUUUCUGCUUCCAUCAAAAGUGGGUCCUACAUUGGAGGUUGUUGGACCAAUUAUCCGCUCUCAUGCCCAACCUCAAAAGCAGCCACUUAAUUAUCCAGUAUCACAGACAGAGGACUCCAUGAUGGCAGAUUCAGAAUGCAAAAAUAUGACUGAAAAUGAUUUGAAUGAUAAAAAGGAAGAUUCUGUUGGUCCAAAAAGGAGGAUGAUUGGACCUGAAAUGCCAUCAGCUGAGUUGCUUUCUGUAGCAGCUAAAUUAACUGAAGCUGAAGCUGAACUGAGAGAGGCUGAGUUGGACGAAGACACCGAAUUAUUUAUUGGACCUCCACCUCCUGCUGUGGUCACUGAAGCUGAGUCUGCAAAUGAGGCAGAGCGUUUUGAAGAGAUUACAAGGAUCAUGGGUGCUGAGGAUGAUAGUCCAUACGAUGUUCUUAGUGUCAACAAAAAUAUGUCAGCUGAAAACAUAAAGAAAAGGUACUGGAAGUUGUCUCUUAUGGUGCACCCUGACAAAUGUUCUCACCCACAAGCCCAUCAAGCAUUCGUUAAAUUGAACAAAGCUUUUAAAGAUUUGCAAGAUCCAGAUAAGAGAAAAGCGUUGGACGAGAAAAUAACACUCAAGGAGGAACAAGAGGAAUUUAAGGCAGAAUUGAAAGCCAUGCGUGAGGCUGCACAAUGGAGACGUUUACAAGGUAUAACCAUGGAGGGUGAUGACAUCCUCUUGGCUGAGAUGGAUGUUAAAGUCGCGCCAAAAAGAGAAGAAUGGAUGACAACAUUACCACCUGAAAGAAAACCUGGUAUGACCAUGCAGUCGACAAGGUUUAGCAAGAGCUCGAAAGAAGGACGAGGUGAUACCAGUGCCUGGACGGAUACUCCUUCAGAAAAGGCUCAGAGAGCAAAGAUGAAUUACUUAGAAGCCUACAAUGAGGCUACUGCAAUUGCUUCGAAGGAGCAUGAAAAGAAAACUGUAAAUAUGGAUGCUGAAUUGGUGGACCAGUAUAAUAAAGCAAAACGAUCAAAGUCAUUGGUUGAAAAGAAUAAAGAAUCUGCCAAGAGUAGUUCAAAGAAAAAGUCGAAGCAGGAAGCAGUGAAAGAGGAAUGGGAGGGAAAACAUCCAUGGAAACCUUGGGAUCGGGAAAAUGAUUUGACUGCAGGAAGGCAAAAAGUUAAAUUAGACGCUGAAAACAUGGCUGCAGGUCUGACUUCCAGAUUUGCCUCAGGAUCCUUUCAAAGAAACUUCCUCUAGAGUGUUGAUUAUAUUGAGUCGAUGGAUUCAGCAUGACGAGUUAGUUUGUUCUUCAAGCUUCGUUGUUGUCUAGAGCUCUUGUGCUGAAUCUGUUUUAAAGAUUAUCAUAGUUUUUUUAUUCUCUUAAUACUUGCAUGUUAGUUAUUGUAGCUCCAUCUAUAGCGCAUGUUCGGUACACACUGAACACGAAUAUUAUAAUGAAUAAGAUUUCAGCAUUGUUGUUUUCAUCA